AUGAAUACUGCAAUUAUUAUAUUUUCGCUGGCUAUCAAGGCGAUUCCUUUUGUAUUACAUGUUGUAUUGUUGACCAUAUUGCUUUCUAAUAAGAAAAGAUAUCUUUCUAGCUCCUUUUAUAGCUUAAUCUGCAUACUCAGCGUCACAAUAAUUAUUGAAACUUUCCUAUCAAUGUUGUCGCACAUUGAUAAUGAAGCAUUACCCGGCUAUGAGGAAUCUCAUGUAUAUUGCACUCUUCUUUCUGUUGUUGGCUAUUAUAUGGAGCCUGAUCGUGGCAAGUAUGCCAUACACUGCCUUAUCGAUGACAAUGAAAGCAGAGUUUAA